GCGUGUGUUUGUGUCUUAAUAAUCUCUUCCCUUUUAAUUGUUUGAAAACAGAUCUUCGUUUCUUAAAAAAUAAUUCUCCUUCUCAUCAUACCAUUCUUACGUUGCUGGUGCUGAUCUUAACAGAUUUCGGAUCGCAAUCAUGGACGGCGAAGAUUUUGCCAGAAAGGCGGCUGCAGAAGCCAAAGGUUUGAACCCGGGACUAAUCGUGCUGCUUGUUAUCGGAGUUCCACUUGUUGGGUUCCUUGUAGCCAACUACGUGAUGUACGUGUAUGCUCAGAAGAACCUACCUCCAAGGAAGAAGAAGCCUGUUUCUAAGAAGAAGCUCAAGCGUGAGAAGCUGAAGCAAGGAGUCUCCGUGCCUGGAGAAUAAAAACUCACCUUAGCUUCAUUACUCUGAGUCUUGUCCAAAACUGGAUAAAGUCUUUUUUGUUUGCUUUCAUAACAUUUUUCUUCCUUUAAUUGUGUCAUGAGUUCUGUAUGAUGGAGACACAUAAGAAGUUGUCUUCUCCUAAGUUUUGAAUAUGGUUACAAAGAGAGUUUUUCUUGGAA